AUGGGUUCCGACGAGGAGGAUAUGAUGAAGAACCCACUAAAAAGAAGCUUCGAUGACAUGAAUUCCAAGCCUGAAAUAGCUUCUGCAGCUAUGGAUGUUGACAAAGAUCGAAGCUUUAUAUCUGGAGAUGAUCAAGUUAAGAUACUUGAAGUGGCAAGGAGAGAAAAUACAAUUGUGGUGUUGGAAGCUGGUGUAGAGAAGACGAUGAUUGUUGAGAUGAUGAUCAAUGAGUUUGGCCAGUCACUUGGCAAUAAUGGUGUAAAUAAAAUAAUUAUUUACUUGGCUCCUAGUGUCAACCUUGUUCAGCAGCAAUGCAAGGUCAUAAAAAGUCUGACAACGCUCCGUGUGGAUGAGAUUUUUGGGGCUAAAGGGGUUGACGAUUGGAGAAGGGAAACAUGGGAGGACUUAAUCAAUGCACAUGAUAUUUUGGUUAUGACUCCUCAAAUUUUAUUGGAUGCUUUACGGAAGGACAUCUUGACUUUGGAUAUAGUGAUCUUAAUGAUCCUUGAUGAAUGCCAGUUGGCUACUGGUAAACAUCCAUAUGCAAAAAUCAUGAAGGACUUCUAUCAUGACAAAUGCAGAAUCAAGCCAAUAGUGUUUGGAAUAACUGCAUCACCAAUAAAUAGGACAGGUGUCACUCCUGCCCGAGACUGUAAGCGGAAAAUAUCAGAUCUUGAAAAUCUUUUGGAUUCCCGGAUUUAUACUGCUGAAAACAAGGUCGAGUUGGAAUCUUAUGUUCCUUCUGUUAAAGAGGUUUGCCUUUACGAGUCACCAGUCUCACCAACAUCAAAAUUGAAGAAAAAAUUUAUAUCGUCACCUUCAAAGGAUACGAGGAAUCAUUUCUCAGUGACAAGUACUGUUACACUCACUGAUUUUGGUUUGGUAAGAGCUCAUACUACCAAGGAGAUGGAGGUAUAUCGUGUGGAGGCAACUGGAGUGUCAGUCUCUGCUGAUUCAAGUGUUAGUUUCCUAGAGAACUACUGUGAAAAACUUCCACGAGACAAGAUUUUCACUCCAAAACCGACAUAUCAAUUCUUACUGGAGGGACAAUAUUAUCGAUGCAAAUUGACAUUACCUCCAAAUGCAGCCUUGCAAACCGUAGUUGGUCCUACAACCAGCGGUUCAUAUUUAUCCAAACAGCUUGUGUGCUUGGAAGCAUGUAAAAGGUUGCAUCAAGUUGGGGCUCUCACUGACUAUCUUACUCCUAGUGAAGAAGCUUCAAAAGCUGUUCCCUGUCCAACCAGUAAAACAGUGUCUGCAGGGGCAGGAACAACAAAGAGGAAAGAGUUGCAUGGGACAACCCGUAUCCAUUUGCUGUCUGGGACAUGGGGUGACAAUGUUGAUGGGUUCUCAUUUCAAGCGUAUAAAAUGGAUUUCAUCUGUAAUGUCGAAGAGCACCGUUAUUCCAGCUUUGUCCUUCUGCUCCAGUCAAAACUUGAUGAUGAUGUAGGAAAUAUCCAAGUUGAUCUCUAUCUACUUUCAAAGUUUGUCAAGUCUUCUGUUUCUGCAUGUGGGCAAAUGUUUCUGGAUGGUGAACAGGUGAGAAAAGCCAAAUGCUUUCAAGAAUUCUUUUUUAAUGGCCUAUUUGGUAAAUUAUUUGUCAAUACAUCUGGAGAAAGGAAGCUUCUGUUUGAGACUCACGAAACAUUAUGGGACCCGUCAAGAAUGUAUAUCUUGUUGCCACUGGAGGCAUCAACCAGUUGUACUAAUUCUUGGGAGAUCAAUUGGAGAGGAAUUGAAUCCUGUGUUGCUGUGGUGGCAUUUUUGAAGAAACAUGCUUGGCUGAAUGCUGAGCUUUCUGAAAGUCGAAGGAAAAUGCUGUUAAUUGAUCGUCCUGAGCCAGAUGGAUUUAACGUAGAAAGCACAAACAUCAUCCAUCUGGCCAAUAAAUCAGUUUGCUUGAAUGAGCUGGCAAAUAUGGUGGUUGUUUCCAUCCAUACUGGUAGGAUAUAUUCCAUCAUGGAAGCUGUGGAGAAUUCAUCAGCAGAAAGCCCGUUUGAUGGAAGUUCUGAGUCAGAGUCACCAAGUUAUUCGUCUUAUACUGACUACUUCAGUAAAAAGUACGGGAUUAUGUUGGUUCAUCCAGGACAGCCUUUGUUGCUGCUCAAGCAAAGCCAUAAUGCACACAACCUUUUAGUGGAUUUUAGAAAUGAACACAUUACGAAUGGAAAGAUGUCGCCAAACGACAAUAGGGUGGUCACUGCAAAGCCGCGAUAUUAUGCUUACAUGCCACCCGAACUUCUGAUUGGCAUAGAUAUUGGUACAUCUGUCUUAAAAUCAUUUUAUCUGCUACCGUCACUAAUGCACCGAUUGGAGUCUCUAAUGCUGGCAAGCCAGCUCCGGAAGGACCUUGUUCUUUGUUCUGACAACUUGCGAAUUUCAAGUUCAUUGAUUUUGGAGGCUCUCACGACCUUGAAAUGUAGUGAAAUAUUCUCCAUGGAGCGCUUAGAGUUGCUAGGAGAUUCAGUGCUGAAAUAUGCUGUGAGCUGCCACCUGUUUCUUAAGUAUCCCAAAAAGCAUGAGGGACAGUUAUCUUCUGAACGUCAGCGGAUAAUUUGUAAUUCAGCCCUACAUCAAUUGGGUACACAGCGCAAAUUACAGGGUUAUAUAAGGGAUGGUGCAUUUGAACCACGUCGAUGGACGGCUCCUGGACAGCGUUCGUUGUGGCCUUGUGCUUGUGUGCAUGGAGUGGAUUCUGUGGAAGUUCCUCUAGAUGAAAAAUUUGUUACUGAAGACAUGAAAGUUAAAGUUGGCAAGUCAUGUGACAGAGGUCAUAGGUGGAUGGGAUCAAAAACAAUUUCUGAUUGUGUCGAAGCGUUGAUAGGGGCAUGCUAUGUUGGUGGUGGAUUGAUUGCUGCCCUUGAUUUGAUGAAAUGGAUUGGUAUUGAUGCUGCAACUGACCCUGCAUUAGUACAGGAAGCCAUUGAGAUUGCAUCUCUUCAUUUGUAUGUUCCUAAGUUCAAAGACAUAGAGAUCUUAGAGGGGAAGCUUGGAUAUGAAUUCAGAGUCAAGGGAAUAUUACUUGAGGCAAUAACUCAUGCUACUGAACAAGAGCAAGAUGCUAGCUUCUGUUACCAGAGGCUAGAGUUUCUUGGUGAUUCAGUUUUGGAUGUACUUGUUACACGCCACCUUUAUCAUAAUCACUCGGAAAUUGAUCCUGGGGAAUUGACGGACUUGCGCUCUGCCUCUGUCAACAAUGAUAGUUUUGCUCUCGCAGCUGUUAAGAAAAAACUGUACAUUCAUCUUCAACAUUGCUCAGGACACCUUGAGGACCAAAUAUCGGCAUAUGUAAAGUCUGUUUCUGAGUCAUGCGACAGCACAAAGCCAGUCCAAGUUACAGAUGCUCCCAAGGUGCUGGGGGACUUGAUGGAAAGUAUUGCUGGGGCAAUACUGAUUGACACCAAUCUCAAUCUGGAUGAAGUCUGGAGGAUCUUUGAACCCUUGCUAUCACCAAUUGUCACUCCUGAUAAGCUUGAGCUACGCCCACUUCGUGAACUGAUUGAAUUGUGUUCCUCACUUGGUUACUUCUUAAAAGAAAAAUAUAUUAUAAAAGGAGAUGAAGUGAAGGCAGAACUGAGUUUACAGCUGGAAGAUAUUCUGUUAGUUGAAAAAGGUUCUGGAAAGAGCAAAAAAGCUGGUAGGGGUCAAGCAGCACUUCAUCUGUUGAAACGAUUAGAGGAAAGAGGAAUUUCAAACUCCAAAAGGUCAAAAGACGGGACUGAAGAUGUUUGUGAUCCAUAUUCUCUAAGAUCUGGUGGUGAUGUAUGUGAUCAUGUGAAUACUGAACCUACGCAGGGUCCUUGUAAAAGGCAGAAGAAAAGUAAUUUACCGGAGGAGCCAGAUAGAAAUCCCUUGAGUACCACCGAUUCAAAGGAUAUACCAGUGAUUCCCCCGGUUGACAUGAAAAAAGGAGGACCAAGGAACUCCCUUUUUGCACUUUGCAAGAGACAGCAGUGGCCAAUGCCUACUUUUGAUUGUACUGAGCAAAAAUCAAGAACUGCAGUUGUAUUUGGGGAAGGAUCUGAGCAAAGGACCGGCUUCAAUAGUUACGAGUCGAAGAUUACCUUGAUCAUUCCCAACUCGGGCACUAUUGUAGUCUCGGGAAAGCCUCAACCUGACAAGAAGACUUCAUCUGACUCUGCUGCUUUAACCAUGCUUUUGGAGCUGCAGGCACAGAAGAAGAUAGUGAUUAGCCAGCACUGCAGAAGGAACAGCAACAGCAAACAUAAAAAUAAAUCUUCAUUUCCAGCAAAAUCAGUAGAGCGCAGAGUCAUCAAUUCCAUCAACUGUUACUCUGCAAAUCCAAUGGCGUUGAUGGGUGAAGCUGAUAAACAGAUCCCGGAUCCUCCUCACGUACUCAUCUUCCCUUUUCCAUUACAGGGUCAUGUAAAUUCAAUGCUGAAACUGGCCGAGUUUUUAUGUCUUUCCGGCGGCAUCACCGUCACUUACCUAGUACCCCAACACAUCCACCGCCGUCUCCUCCUUCACGCCAACAUCGAAUCCCGGUUUAACAAGUACCCGGGAUUUUCCCUGCUUAGCCUUCCUGAUGGGAUUUUCGACGGGGAGAUGAGCACCGCCGGCGCCGCCUACAAGUUGUACGAUUCCCUCAACUCGGUGGCGGUUCCGUUUCUGAGAGAUUUGUUAACUCCAAAAUCAGAUUGGGCCCAAACCAAAAACCCAAUUACAACCAUCAUUGCUGAUGGGGCAUAUAGUAUGGUCAUUGAUAUUGCUCUGCAGAUUGGUGUUCCAAUUAUCUACUUCCGUACAAUUAGUGCUUGUGCUUUCUGGGCUUACUUUUCCGCACCUGAACUAACAGAAGCUGGAGAAAUCCCCUUUUCAGAAAAUGAGAUGGAUUUGGGGAUAACAAGUGUGAAGGGAAUGGAGGGAUAUAUCCGGCGGCGUGAUCUUCCGAGCUUUUUCCGUGACAUUGAGGGCCCAGAUUUCAAGAUGCUUGCGACGGAAACCAGACAAACCACUAAAACCAACGGACUCAUUCUCAACACGUUUGAUGAUUUAGAAGGACCAAUCUUAUCACAGAUUCGGACUCAAUGCCCGAACCUUUACACCAUAGGGCCGCUCCACGCGCAUCUCAAAUCCAAACUUACAGAAAACUCAAAAUCCACCACAACAAAAUCUUCUUCAAACAGCUUGUGGGCAGAGGACAGAAAAUGCAUUGAAUGGCUGGAUCAGCAGCCAUCAAAAUCAGUGUUGUACGUGAGUUUCGGGAGCAUAGCCGUGGUGAAAAAUGAGCAAUUGAUCGAAUUAUGGCAGGGUUUGGUUAACAGCGGGGUGAAAUUCUUGUGGGUCAUUCGUCCUGAUUCCAUUAUUAUCGACCAAAAAAAUGAUGAUGGUGAUGAAGAAGGAAAUAAUAACAAGAAGUCAAUCAGGGAAGAGUUGGAGGUGGCUACAAAAGAAAGAGGAUUCAUGGUGGGUUGGGCUCCACAGGAAGAAGUAUUGGGUCACCCGGCAGUUGGGGGGUUUUGGACUCACAGCGGAUGGAAUUCUACUUUGGAAACUGUAGUUGAAGGAGUGCCGAUGAUCUGUUGGCCGUUUUUCGCCGACCAGCAGAUUAACAGCCGAUUCGUCGACGAGGUUUGGAAGAUUGGAUUGGACAUGAAAGAUAAGUGUGAUAAAGUAGUUGUUGAGAAUAUGAUUAAGGAUCUGAUGGUGGUUAGGAAAGAUGGAUUCUUGAAAAGAGCAGAAGAGGUAGCAAAAUUGGCGAGGAAGAGUAUUGAGAAGGAUGGUUCAUCGUUUCGCAAUCUUGAACGUUUGAUUCGGGAUGUCCGACUAAAAAGUUUGUCACUAAAAUGUUAG